AUGAGUGGUGAGCAGGGAUAUGACACAAACAGCCUUCGAUCAACUCUUGCUCAGACUUUGGCCGCUGUGGGGUUCAGCAUUUACUGUGUCAACAUUGGCCUCAUCCACACAAUGCCGACCAUCAUCAUAGGCGAUCUCACAAACCAGGACUCGUCCUUGGGUCUCUCGGAGACUCAGGCUUCGUGGUUUGGCAGUCUGUACUACAUCAUGCAGCCCUUUGGUAGUCUAGUAUCAGGUAUUCUGCAGGACUCACUGGGAAGGAAGAGGUCUGUCAUGAUGAUCAAUCUACCCCAACUGACUGCUUGGGCUAUCCUAUACUUCUCAUCGUCCCCCACGCAUCUGUACGUCUCUAUCGCUCUCAUGGGCCUCUCCAUCGGCUUCCUGGAGGCCCCCAUCCUCUCCUACAUCGGGGAAGUAACCCAGCCUAGACUUCGAGGGGUCUUCAGCUCUUUCAUGGGGAUUUUCUACAACGCCGGCCUCAUGGUGGAGACGUUCCUCGGGGCAUCGUUACCAUGGCGCACCAUGGUCUUGUGGAACAUGAUCGGUCCUCUGGUGGCAUUCUUUGCUAUGGCGAUGCUGCCAGAAUCCCCUGCAUGGCUGGUGACUAGAGGCAAGAUUGCAGAAGCAGAGAAAGCUUACCAAUGGCUGAGAGGAUGGGUGUCUACGGAAGCAGUGAAGGAAGAGCUAGACACCCUUGUACGUUACGUAGGGGACUUCCGGGGACACUCUGUAAACAGCCCAGAGUACAGGCUUGUAGCACCUGAUGAAGGUCCAGAUAUAACCCGACAGAAGAGGUGCAACAAUCGUUGGAAAGUUAUCAUGGAGCCAGAAGUUCGCACAGCUUUUCGCAUCAUUCUCGUAUUUUUCUCUGUUGUACCAUUUGCCAGCUUGUUUGCCAUGAGGCCAUUCUUCAUACAAAUUCUUGAAGGUCUUAAUCUACCAGUCCAGUCUCACAUUAUUGUGGCGAUCUGCGGGGCUGUCUCCUUGCUGGGUGCGGUAACUCUAGGUGUCUCGGUAAAACACUUGGGCAAAAGAUACCUCACAUUUCUUUCCCUGGGGGCCAACAUUGUCUGCAUCUAUGGUAUAGGUGGUUAUCUCUUAGCAGGAAUCAAUCUACCUUGGAUUCCUGUAGUUCUGUUUUCUUUGACUUACUUCUUCGGGACCAUUGUGGCUACCAUUCCAUGGAUGUACCUGAUAGAAUUAUUUCCCUUACGAGCCAGAAGUUUAGGCAGUGGUUUAGGCGCGGCUUACGCCUACGUCGUAUUUUUCGCGGGAACCAAGACCUACUUCAACGUAGUGUCCUGGCUAAACGUCUCUGGGACAUGCAUCCUCUACGGGACCGUGGGACUGCUUGGGAUGGUCUACCUGUACCUGGACCUACCAGAGACCGAGGGCCAGACUCUGGAGCACAUAGAGAUGGACCUCAGAGGACGACGAUCAGGUAGAAGAGGAGAGGAUGAUGUGCGCGUGGAAGCGGGUGAUGGUAAAAGACAAACCGAACGUGAAUAGGUCUUAAAUAACCACCGCAAACUGUUAUAGGUCCGAUUGAAUUUACGUUAGGCCUACAUAUAUAGACGUCCCAACUACAUGCACCAGCCAAUGUAUCAAUGGAAAAAAUCAUUACCUUACAAUAUCCUUAUCGUUUGUCUGGUCAAAAUACAUGUGAUACGUUACAACUGCCACAUCUUCAGGUUUAACCUCUUCUAAGAUUCGUAAUUAUAUUUAUUAUUGAAUCCAAGA